AUGGCGAUUUGUUUAAAUGAACUAAAUCCCCAGAAAUUGGUCCAAAAAGCAUUCGCCAUUUUACGGAUCAUCCGACGCACCUUCUCCCGUAUUACUCUCAUGGACUUCCAAAUACUCUAUGGGGCCUACGUCAGACCGCUCCUGGAGUACGCCAACCAAGUUGUCUACUCAGGACGCACGAAAGACGUCACCCUCAUUGAGCGCAGCAGGCAGGCCGCUACGAGAAUGGUUGUCGGCCUCAAAUCCGUGGACUACGAAACGCGUCUCGCGAUGCUUGAUCUCUUUCCCCGUACCGCAGCAUGCUUGAUCUCUUUCCCCUGGAGUACCGCAGCCUCCGGGGGGACCUUAUUCUUACUUACGCCCUGUUUGAACAAAGCUUGGCAAACAUGUUUUUUACCGUUGACCCAGCAAACACCCGGCGGGGACAUAGUAAGGAAAUUUUCAAGCUCAGAGCACACAUUCAUUAGACAAAUUUUUUUCUCAUUUCGGCUACUGCGUGCAAUGACUUUCCUCCAGCAGUUGUUCACGCUCCUUCCAGAACCCAGUUUAAAGCACUAUUAG